UAGGUCGUUGUAACGUCAUUGAACAUAAGGGUUUGUUUGUCUGGGUCAUAGGGUAGUCAUUCAGAGAAUGAAGCUUGUGAGGAUUAUGGUUGAUUUAGUAGAAAUGUUUGCGCUGGAUGCGUAGUUAUCUGUGUGGUUCAAUGAACAUAUUCAGAUAUGUUGUAUUUUCCUAACGGUUGUCUGCUAGCUGACGCCCGUUUGCAAUAUUGCAUAGGGCAUGUGUCGUAUGAUUUUAUAAACAUGUUAACAUAGAUAAUACAGUGAAAAGACUUAAUUUGUCUGAAUCGUGUAAUGUAUCCGCGCAACACAUUUGGAAUAAUCUAAUCACACACGGAUUUGUCAUAGGGAUAUAUAUGACAUUAAUAAAGAGGUAAGAGGUUAAAAAUAGACUCAGUGAUUCUUAUUUUGACCUUGAAUAUGUCCUUUUAACUUAACCUAAAUCUACUUUCUCACCUCUUACCUCUUGUCGUAAGAAUAAGCGAUAAGAAGACGUUAUUUCAAUUACGUCUUCUUAUUGCUUAACCUAAAUCCAUAGAGAGAACUAAUUAUUUUCAAUGUGUUUAUACGUUAAGUGCUUGAAAUUCUUGCAAGGCGUCCAACGCGUUGAUAGAAUAGCUAAUAAAGGGAAGUCCUUCCACUUGAUUGGUACCUAAUUUUGUACCCUUGGCUGACCUAAUGAGAUGUCUUUGUGAGGCAUUCAGUAUGAAGUCUUGAGAAGAUAUGAGUUAAUACUAUCAGGGUACUCAAAUGAGCUAAAUAGUAACCUGAAUUUCAAAAUGCAUCCAUCCCAGCUUCAUGUAAUUGAUGUAUGCGCCCACUUACGCCACUUUUUCAAAAACCAAGUAUGCGUCAUUCACAUGUAUUCAAGACGCACAAUUCGCGUAGACGGUGUAAAUAACUACAACGAACUCUGAGGACUUUACGUAAUUCGGCGUCUAAUUCCAGUUGGUUCAGAUGUCCAGAUAUUUAAGAAUACAAUUAGCUGGUGUCUCACCUGAGAAUUUGUAUCCAGAAAGUUGGUGAUUGUAAUGUUUUUGGAGGUAUUUCAAGGCGAUAUUUCCUACAUAAGCUCUCCCACUCUGAGUGAAGAACUUGAAGAGACGAUAUGGGUAUCAUCUGACUUAAACUGCUACAAAACUUCACCCCAUGGAAAAUAUUCCGAUGGCUUAUAAUCUUAUAGUUUUCUCCUUUAAUGACAUAACAUUUCUGUCGAGUGAUUUCGUUUUAAGCAGUCACCUAGUUUUCGGUCAGUCCUCAAAAUGAAUUCCAUUAGGGAUGCAGUGUUGUUUGAAAUCACGUCGUAGUUCUGAACACCAAAUUCUGCUAGAAAUGUUCGCUUGCCACAAUUGUGUGUUUUUGGAAGCAUUUGCUGAGACUCGUUCCUUAUCUAAGAAAGCGGUUGUAUUAACGCGGUGGUAGGUGAUGUGAAUCGUGUAUGAUAAGUGCAGAGUACUGUUGUGGAUUUCGUUUGCACACCUAAACAAUAUGGAUAAAUUACAGUGGUUGAUAGUGUUGUUUUCCACUUGAUGUGUAACGUUCUUUGUUCUUUCGAGUGUCACUCUUGCAACACAAUCAAAAGAGCUAUGUUAAAUAAAAAUGGUUUGUAGCCAGAAGUGUCUUGUGGUAACUGUGUCAUCAUAAAUAACCACAGAUUUUUGAAUACACAUGUCUUAUAUUUUUAAUUUUGCUAAAACUAUUUCAGGUUUCUUAUGAAACUGUCCCAUGAGACUGUAACCAUAGAACUGAAAAAUGGGACUCAAGUUCAUGGAAGCAUUGCUGGAGUCGAUGUGUCUAUGAACACGCACUUGAGGUCCGUAACAUUAACGCUGAAGAAUCGGGAUGCACUACACCUAGACACAUUAACUGUCCGUGGAAAUAAUAUACGGUAUUUCAUCCUGCCAGAAAGUCUUCCCUUGGACACGCUUCUCAUUGACGAAGGGCCACCGAAAAGAAAACCUGGACGUGAAGAGCGUCCUGCCACUCGUGGCCGUAGUCGAGGUCUUAUUCGUGGGCGUGGAGGUCCUCGGAGUCGUGGUCGUGGUCGCGGUCCACCAAUGCGCUUCUAAUAUGUAUAUGUACAGUAUAUGUAUGCUUUUGAAAAUUUCAGACUAUCUAUUUUACAAAUAAAAACCUUGUAUAAAUGA